UCUUGGUCUUUCUGGAUUCCUUCCAGCACCGUUCGGGUUUCGCGUCUCGCUGCGGCUCAUGAAACUUCAGACCCGUUCAGUUCCAGUCCGACUCUCAGAGCUGCUGCUUCGUCUCGGAACCAGAAUCAGAAUCACGGAUCCUGAUGGACAGUUUGACAGGUAGGACUGGUUCUGAAACAUUUAGCCUGAGCGGGUCAGGAAGCUGCAGGUUCUGACUCAUUUCACAGAACCGAUUCAUAACAAACAGGUCAAAAGGUUCUUCUGAAAAAUUCAAUGAAAAGAGAAAAAACGGAUCAAAGAUUUCUAAACAUUCACAGCAUCAGGCUGGGAUCGAAACAGAUUCUCUUUCUGGGUUUGGUUCUGGUUCUGACCCUAGAACAGGUCCAGUUCUCUGGUUCUUGUGGUUUUGGCCCGACAGACCCAGGACUCUAUUUCUGGUUCCGGUGUCCUGGCUUUGGGUCUUUAACGCCUGCAGCCUCGGGUCGAGUUUCUUCUGCAGCUUCCAGACAGAAAUCGGACCCGCUGACGGUUCUGGAUGUUUCUGUCUCUGUGGGUCAAAGGUCAGCAGCUCCUCGAGUGUCUGAACGUUUUGGCACCAGUGCAGUGAACAGAACCACAGCUGACCCGCCAGGCCUGCGGCCUCAUUCCAGCAGCUCGUCCUGAAGUGACAGGGAAACGCUGCCGGAUCCAACAUGGCCGCCUCUGAGGUCAACCUGGAGGACUUCAGCGUUUACGCUCACCUGACCGACGAAGAGCUGCUCCAGAUCGCCGUGGAGAGAAGUCUGUCUGACAAACAUCCCCAAGCAGACACUGAUCAGAGGUCGGCACCAAGAGGCCCACCUCCAGAACCCAGAAACCCAGAACCCACCACCGACCCGCCACGACCAGAACACGUCCAGAACUGUGCGAACCCCCCAACCGCCCUGACCAACUUCCUCUACAGCCCCCUCAACAGAGAGUCCAGUCCUCUGCUGAAGGCCAUCAUGGACGGAGACGCUGAGGCUUUAAUGGACCUGGUCCGGCAGCGGCCCGGCAGUCUGACCGAGCCCUGCGACCAAGACUGGGUCGCUCUGCAUGAGGCUGCCUACUACGGACAGCUGCAGUGCAUCCGGAUCCUGCUGAGAGGUCAGGGUUCUGCUGGUUCUGGUGGGUCUGAAGGUUCUGAUGGGUCUGGUGGGUGUGAAGGUUCUGAUGGGUCUGAAGGGUCUGAUGGACCUGAUGGUUCUGAUGGGUCUGGUGGGUCUGAAGGUUCUGAUGGGUCUGGUGGGUCUGGUGGGUCUGAAGGUUCUGAUGGGUCUG